UAAAUUUUCUCUGUAUCUAGAAAAUAUUCGAAGUGGUACUAACUAAUUAUAAAUAACCAUUUAACCUAUUAAACAUCCCAUUUUUUGAGUCUAAUAAAAUUGCGAUAAUACAUGGACCAUGUGGUAGUAGCGCCGGUAGCGCCCGGGUGAGAGUGAAAAGCGGCAAUACAACUUUCUGGACCGAUUUAAAGAAACCUCAGGUAAAUAAGAACAUGAUGAUUGACCGCUUAAACGAAUAUCUAGAAACCGUUGGAGGAUACGUAUUCGAUAAUGAUAAAAUCGUGAGUACCUUUCACGAGGUCAUCUUUAUUCGUAAUCAUAAACUUGUAACUUACUGCUGGUUGAGUAAGGAAUUGGAGGUUCAUGUUAAUGUGGCCAAGCAAAUAUUAUGGGAAUUCUGGCAGAAGUAUAAAGAUGACAAAGACUUUGAUUGCACUGUGUUAUUGAUUGGCAUUUCGGAAGAUGAUGGGAUGCAUGUACAAGUCGUGAGGCAGAAAGAUUUGGAUGCAGCUAAGAAGAAGUAUAGGCAAGUCAUAUCUGAACAUGUUUACAGUAUUCAGAAGGUACUCCCAGACAUACAAUUGCUUGGACUCACUGAUAAGGGGGAUGUCAAGUACAGUGCAAUCAAAUGCAUUGAAAACAAUGUGCGUACCGACGAAGAAGUUCACAAAUUAUGUUGGGGUGCUGCAGCCAAUCAAAUACAACCUGUCUCACGAGAGAAGGUACAAGAAUGUGAUAAAGAAAAGGUAGCAAGUCCAGAGGAAAAGAAACAGGACAAAAAGAAGGGUGCAGAUAAGAAAGGAUUCAAUAAUUUAUUUGGGAAAACUGUUAAUAAGCAGAAGAAUCCACCUGCAGCGUCCAGCGCUGAUAAAAUGGAAAUAGAAUCUUCUAAUCAAACGAAGGAAACGUCAAAGAACACUGCAAAGGUAUCAAAGAAAGCUCCACAAAAGGGUGGAUUGAGUAGCUUCCUGCAACAGGGCAAAAGCCAAGCAAACGAAGAUUCUACUCAGAAGAGUAAGACUGCGGAUUUUUCUGAGAAUAACAAAGCUACAAAUUCUUUUGAGAAGAACCAUAUUACGAGCCCGAGAAAGGAAGAGAAGAUACCGGAAGAAACAGUGAAGAACACGAAUAAACCUAAAAAUGUUCGUGGCAGAAAACGUAAUCGAAGCAAGGAGGUGAACAGCACUGCAAAGAGAAGGAAGCGUAUUGCGAUUCAGAGUGAUUCCAGCGAGUCUGGAUCUGAUCAAGAAGAAGAAAAAGAAGAUGAGUUGCCGCCUUCGCCCGAACGCGUUUCACCUCCAAAGGAACGCUCACCUUCGCCUCCCAAACACAAAGUGGAAUUUGGAAAACGCAAGGUUUUAAAACUGGUGGACAAAACGUUUGAAGAGGAUGGCUUCCUUGUUACGAAGAAAGUGCAUGUUUAUGAAAGUUGCUCUGAGGAAGAACCGGAACCGGAACCGGAAGUGAAGCUGAAAUCUAAAGCUGACUCGAAAACAAAGAAGAAUACUAAACAGACUUCUUUGAUGAACUUCUUUAAAAAAUCUUAGUCUCUUUAGACACUAUCAUUGCACGCGAACUACAAGAAUAAGAACUGGUAAGAAUUACUAAUGCAAGUCUUAUCUUAAAAUCGAAAGUAUUUUCUAUGAAAUUCUCACAUGAGAUAUUAAUGCUUAUUCUCUCCCCAAAUAUAGUUAUCUGAUAAGCUAUCAAAAGUGAUAUCAUCUACACGCUAGACCGUGCAUAUGAGUAAUAUCUGUUAAAGUGUACAAGUAUAAAGUGCCUUACGUUUAAAUAUAAUUUGUUCAAUUGUCA